AGGGUGUAUCCGGGCAGACAGAGGCAGUGGUAGGAGCCCGGGGAGCUCUCACAGAUGUGCUCACAGCCGUGGUCCGACUCCAGACACAGAUCCAUACCUGCAGCAGAGACGACCUUCAAGUAACGCCGACUCGAGUGACAUCACUUGAGGACAUUUAUCAGACUUCACACAGCUCCCUCUGGUGGCACUAAAGGGCAUGCCGACCGUCAAGGACGCGGUCUCACGGCUUCCAGCUGUCGUCCCCGGAGCACCGCCGAGGGGUUUUGAACCUGUGUCUGCAGUGACAGAUGGUGAGACUGUGAGAUGAUGAACGUGCAUCAUAUGAAACAUCUGGACGGGUAGAAAGUGAACCUGCAGCACAGGAAACCAGGAUGAGAGGAACAACUGCAGGAUUUUAAGACCGGAAGACUCGAUUUCAGGAUGAGUUGAGACAGAUAGUGCGUCCAGCAGCAGGAGAACAUCGGAUUUCAACAGACCAUCAAGUUACAACACAAAGCCAACUCGAUGUUUAGUCAAGACUGAAGGACAAUGGAGGAUUUGUUUUAUCCCCCCGUGACUGGAUCUGCCAGUUGUGCAUUUACUUGUUACAUCACUCAUGAAAAUGUUGUGCAGCUCUGUCAUCCACAGAACAAUAUUUUUUUUAACGGUGCACUUAUUUUAAAAACAGUUAUGAACCCGAGGAAUUAACGCAGCCAGCUGAGGCCGAGGCCGCCGCCAUGGAUGAGCUGGACGUUGGGGAAGGUGGCAGGAAAGAGACAUCGACGAACCAGCCAGGACACCCCCAGCCGGACAUCUCUGUCUUAUACCCCCCUCCUCUGUCCCCCGACUCGGUCAACCCGUUGACUCACCUGGGGACACUGCUCGCAGGACACGACGCACCGAGGACCGGCGGAUGGGACAGGAGACUGGAUCUGGGCUUUCAAGGCUGUCAGUUACUGGGAUCAACAAGGGAACCGGGAAGAGAAGCUCAUGCAGACCAGAGUGUCACCAUCCUGCACGCCAAGGUCGCUCAGAAGUCCUACGGCAACGAGAAAAGGUUCUUCUGUCCACCUCCCUGUGUUUACGUCAGCGGUCAGGGAUGGAGAGUCAUGCAGGACCAUCUGAAAGAAGCUGGCUACGGAGACUCCGUGUAUCGGGUGUGUGGUUACAUGUGUCUGGACAACUCCAGCCAGUCUCAGUCGGACACGUACAAGCUGGUCUUCGAUUAUCAGCCAAACUCCAGGAUGUUUGCCUGUGCCAAGUCCCUGUUCAUCUCUGAUCAGGACAAGAGGAAACACUUCUGUCUGCUGCUGAGACUCUUCCUGGGAAACCGACAGGAAGUGGGUUCAUUUCAGAGCAGGAUGAUCAAAGUCAUCUCCAAACCGUCCCAGAAGAGACAGUCGAUGAAGAACGCCGACCUGUGUAUCUCCUCGCGCUCCAGAGUAGCUUUGUUCAACCGGUUGCGCUCACAGACGGUCAGCACUCGUUACCUCUCAGUGGACAGAGGAGCCUUCAUAGCCAGCGCCAGACAGUGGACAGCCUUCACCAUCACCAUGGUGGAGGACCAGCGUGCUGACCAAGGAGACUUUGUGCUGAGCGAAGGCUUCAUCUGUUACGGCUGUGUGGUCCAGUUAGUGUGCACCGAGUCUGGAGUCGCUCUGCCGCCCAUGGUGAUCCGUAAGGUCAACAAGCAGCACGCCAUCCUAGACGUGGACGAGCCAGUCUCUCAGCUGCACAAGUGUGCCUUCCAGUUCAGAGACAAUCCACAGGCAUACCUGUGUCUGUCCAACGACACCAUCAUACAGUACCAGAGUCCCUCCAGCGUCAGAGACCCCAGCAGAGUGGUGCUGAACGACGGAUCCUGUUGGACCAUCAUCGGAGUGGAAGUAGUGGAAUACACCUUUAAUCAGGGGCUGGCCUGCAUCCAGACACCAGUUACUCCUUUUCCUGUUAUCACAGGGUUAGAGGUGAACGGCGGAGGACACGUCGCGAUGCUGGAGGUCCACGGAGAAAACUUCAACCCACAUCUCAAAGUCUGGUUUGGAAACAGCGAGACUGAGACCAUGUUCAAGUCUCCUAAGUCUCUGCUCUGCGUCGUUCCCGACAUCUCCGCGUUCACCGACGGUUGGCGUUGCCUGCGCCGCAUCAUCACCGUGCCUCUGUCUCUCAUCCGAUUGGACGGCCUGAUUUACCGCACGUCCUUCAGUUUCACCUACACCCCCGAACUCCAGCCGCCUCCGUCUGUCCGAGGAGCAGCAGGAGGAGGGAAGAGAGAGGGAGCGACGGAAGGAGGACCGGAAGACGACGUCCUGUUGGAGACCAUCCAUCAGGAGUUCACCAGAGCCAACUUCCACCUCUUCAUGCAGAGUUAGGGUUCAAACCUCAGGUUCAUGUUUGGAGCUGCUCGUCCGUCAAAGAACCGUGACUUAAUAUCGACGAGAUAAUUAUGACGAUGUCGUGAAAAUAUGAGAGAAAAUAUCAAUCAGACAGUCCUCAGGGUACAUUUACCACAAUGUUUUUAUUAUUUUAGCUCUCGCUGUUGUUAUUAUAUAUAAAUUUAGUUGAGAAAUCACGGAGACAGAUUCAAAGUCUCCGAUCGGACUGUUGCAGAUCAUGAUCAGCUUCUUAAACUCUCGUGGACGAGUCUCGACCUCGUAGCAGUCGAUGCUUGCAGCGACUUUUAUUCUAGAAAUUAUUUUUCCCCGAGUUACUUUCUUCCGUUUCUGGAGAAUUCAGGUCAUGAGAACUUUGUCUCGUCUUCCACCUCAGAUUUUAUAACAUGACAACAAGAUCACUGUUAACUGCUUUGACACUGUGCCUGUGAACGUCAAUAAAUCAGGUGCAUUUCAGCU